CUUAAAUACAUAUUAAUAUUUCAUUAAACGUUUGCUUCUAAAAACUGUAUUGAUUUUCCAAUUUCGUAUUUUGACUGGCAAUUACGGACGCCAGGGCACUUAAUUAAUUCAAGUGUAGCCUGGCGCACGUGAAUUGCCAUCGAGGCAAUUACACACGAGCCCGGUUCGUAACUUCGUUACUAACAAUAUUGUUGGGCAAAUAAGACGACGGACGGCCGGGAAUAGGGCAAAGGUAAGAGAGUUCGUUUGCCGGAUACCGAUAUGCUUCACACGAUCAUCGAUCGGUUUGCAUGAUUGCCUAAUAGCCUUCACGUUUAAUCAAUCUAACGAAAUUGUUGGUAACGCAAUUGUAACUGAAUUUUCAUCUGGAACACGAAACCGCAUGCUGCGAAACAAUCUGAUCCCCCCUCCUGUGAUCCCGAUAGAGUCCUUCGGUAAAAUAUCGUGCCACGUGUCUAUUUCGUGGAACAAUAGCACGCGAUACGAAGCUCUUCAAUGAAGCUUGUAUUUAUGCCCGUUAAUUAAAACGCGUUGUCUGCUUCCGUUCAUCGAUGCUUUGAAAAUUUCAUUUUCCCCAGUGUAUGUGUACAGAUUAUUGAAGUACACAUUGAUGAAAAUUAUAUUUCAAAUUAAUUAAAUUUAAAUAUUAUUUUAUCGUUUUUCCCCGUUAAAUUCAUUUUAUCGUUUCAAUUUAUUAUUCUGAAUUAUUCUGCAAGAUAGCGAAGCCCUGGGCAAUUUAACGAUGUUACACAAUCAGAAAGCGAGUUAUUCUUUAAGUGCCUUACAUUCAUCCCCAUCUGUAGAGACGUCUAACUUGAUAUAACUAUAGAGAUAGUUGCUGCUCAAUAUAAUCUAAUAAAAUCCACGAUUUUAUAUUCGACUUCCAAUAAAGAAAUCCAGUUCAAUCACAAAUAGAAUUUAUGCAUUCAUCAAAAGCGGUAUUUGCAAGAAAUGUAAAAAAAAUUUAUUACAUCCAAUGUACAUGGAUAUUAAUAUUACAUAACAUCGAAACUGAUACGGACAAAUUUUUUAUUUCGCAUUAGACUCCAGGGCCUAAUCAUGAAUAAUGAUUUAACAUAUCUGACUGUCGUGUUUCAAAGAAAUAAAAUUUAUUACAGCAAACGGAUACCGUCACGAACGAUCGGAAUGCGUGGCAUGUAUCGGUCUCGUUGAAGUCGUUUCAUGCCGCGCACGCAAAUUCCUGAGAUUACCGCGUAAUCAUCUAGCAGCCGGCUAAUUAGCGUGGAUAAAUGGGCGGGAAAUUCAGUGAUCCGGACGCGUAUUAUGGGUGCAGUGGAACGCAUUUGAAUAAGAAUGAACCGAAUCUCUAUUGAUUCGCCUGGAGACCGAAAUCGAUAUCCGUACGAGGCACAGGGGCUCACUUCGUUACGGAUCGGCCAACUUUCAGUUGGAUUAAGGAAUAGACGAGCCAAGACUCGCCGUUUCAAUCACGACGGCCUAAUCGACCAUCGAAAAAUUCUCCAGUUUCAGUUCCACGUUUAUCGCGGCCACUACGCUCCUCACUUCAAAAUUCUCGUUCCGUUCCGCGCGACUUCCAAUACAAUAAUCGGAUUGAUUAAAACAUUUUCUAAAACCAAUUUGUACUUUAAAUACUUCGGAAAAUAUUAUUUUGAUUCAAUCAUCAUCGCUUCGGCCGCACGAUGCCUCACGAGAAGAUUAUAGAUGUGAAGGAAUCUGAGAAGGAGACUGAAUCGAAAGAAGAAGAUGGAACCGAGGCGAAGGAAGAAGAUUCGGGGAUGAAACCACGUGCUAGAAGAUAUAUCACGAAACACAUGAGAAUGUACCCGGAAUUGUAUAGAAGCGACGUUUCCAUACAUCCGAGUUACACUACCCUUAAAAACUUACCCUACUACGUGGUAUGCCGGCGACGCGUGCAGAGGACCAGGAGGCAGAUCAGGCGUCAGUUGAACCGCGAAAUCAUGCACUUCGCGAUGAUGCAGAUGUUCGCCAUCGACAGCGUAAGGAUCGACCGGGUGUUCAGCGUCGGGAUGCCACCGGAGACAUUGAUUGUCCCCGAUUUGUUAAACGCGAACGAGAAACGUCACCUGAACGAGCUUCUCCGCGACAGAUAACGAAUCAUUGCGCCGAUCAACUUCUACGAUAUACAAUUCUGUAACGUGUGUGAUCGAAUAAAGUCCGCGUUUUUAUAUUAAA